UAACAGAGAUAAAAAAAAUAUGUUAUUUAAUUUGCUUCACAACAAUUAAAUAAAAACGGUAUAAAACUGUCUGAUCGAACGCACCUGUCAUUUCAACGCAUGUGCACUGGUCUACUUCCGUUUAGUCCCAAGUAAUGAUGAAGAAAGGACAAUAUCUUCGUUCGAAGGAUUCUGCAACUGAAUGGGAUAUUCUUCGCGUCACAGAUCCGAAAGGCUGUGUUUGGGUCCCAGUCGUUAGUGGUGUGUAAAAUGUCCAGACCAUCAUUUUACAGGAAAGUGUUACAUCCUUGUUCAACGAAACCAGCAAUACCAGUUUUAAAACUUCAGAUCUCAUACAGCCUCAAUUCGCUACCUUGGAUCUUGAGUGAACAGAUCUUGCACCAUGGACCAGCAGCGACUACUUCAUCAGUUCAUACAGCGAACUGGACUAGAAGUAGAGGCUGCAGACAGCAUUCUUCGGCAUACUGACUGGGACCUAGUGGAGUCCUAUCGCAUGUUUGACAACCUGGUCAAGGUUGGUAAGAUCAAGCCCGUCCAGCCACCAAUGCACUCCCGCCUGUCCAGUGCUCCAGGGAUGACUGGUGGUCAGCCGUCCCGCUCAUCAAGUGGUCCAGGAAUGACCAUCAGACAGCCAUCCCACCUGUCCAAUAAUCCGGGGAUGACCAGUGGUCAGCUAUCCAAUGUGUCAAAUGCCCAGCGGUAUUCAAGUGGACAACCCAGACAGGAAACCUACCCAGGAGGUACAGGUUUGUACCGGGGCCCACAGCCAAGGCAGGAGAGGAUUAUUCCUAUACAAGUGGAGAAGCCUCGUCCCCUGUCACAGGCUACAGGUCGCGCCUCCACCCCACCCCCUAUGGCCAAGAGACCAGCCAGCCAACAAGUGCAGAUGCACUUCAGGGAUCAUCCAGGUGACCAGACAAGGUUUCCUGGAGAUCAGAGCAGGCUGUCUGGAGACCCAAAUAGAUAUCAAGGAAACCAAAGUAGAUUUCCUAGAGAUCAAGGCGGGAUGUCUGUAGGUUAUAACAGGUUACCAGGCGAACAUGCUAUGUUUCAAAGUGACCAAGGACUAUUACCAGGUGGACAGGGUAGGUUACCAGGAGACCAGGGUAAGUUCAAAGUUCAAGCAGUCAAACCACAAGCUACCUCCCAUCAAGGAACACCUGGUCAGUAUAUGUCAGGACCAGGCAAGGUCGCAGAAAUCAACCCAAGGUCAAACAUUCUUUCUAGUAGUCCUGAAAAAAGUAGUAAUGGACAAGUUAGAUCCGGGGUAGGGUCAGGUCCAGGACAAAGAAUAUCAGUCAUCAAUAUCAAGGGGCCCGGCCAGCAUUCAGGGUUAGAGACUGAAGGUCAAAAAAGGUCAAGCACUCCCAUACAGUAUGUAAAUCAGCAAACUUCUGGAUUUGGAUCUCAGGUUAAGCAACAGAGUCAAGUGCCAGGAGGGAAAAUUCAUUCUCAGCCACCACGACCCCAAAGUGAGAUCAUGUAUGACAGUAAGGCAUCAACGUCUAGAAUGGUGGGAGGCUCCCUACCACCGAGUCAGACAACAUCUAUACAGAGGCCAGUCAGUGAGAUAGUCUCCAGUGAUAAACACACAUCACUGGCCAAAGAAACCAGGUCAGCCGAUGUGACACCCACAGGGAACCAGGGAGAGACACAGGAUACAGGCAGUCGGGAAUCUAAGACUGCACCUGUCACCCCAUCAUCUCCUCGGCCUCUGAAGCGUGGAUUCUCUAAGAUCGUGGAGAAUGAAUCACUGGUGAGUGCGACCAGAAGUAGCCUUCUACAUGACAUCGAGGAGGACAGCCAUGAUCACAUGUAUGUGCAGACAUUUGUCUUACCUGACCUCACUAUCUUUUCCUCUGACUAUCGUGCUUUCCUGGAGAAGGACCUCAUCGAAACCUCAACACUAGUGUCCUUGGAACAAGCAGGGCGACUGAACUGGUGGGCAGAGAUGGGGAUCUGCCAGCGACUCCUUCCCAUGGCAACCUCGGGGGAUGGCAACUGUUUGUUACAUGCUGCAUCACUAGCUAUGUGGGGUAUCCAUGACCGUGAGCUGAUGCUAAGAAAGGCUCUGUAUGACACACUGACACGACAAACCUACAGCAAGGCCCUGUACAGGCGCUGGAGGUGGCAGCAGACCCAGGUCAACAAAGAGUCGGGUCUGAUCUUCUCUGAAGAUGAAUGGCAGCAGGAGUGGAAGGGCGUCCUGAAGCUGGCCUCCACCCGUCCUAGGUCCCUGCCUGGCAUGUCUCGCCGCAGCAGUAGUUGUUGUGAUAGUGCCAUUACUCAGGGAGGAGAAGCAUCAACCCCAGUGGUGUACGAAAGUCUGGAAGAGUUCCACGUGUUUGUGUUGGCUCAUGUCCUACAGCGAGCUAUCAUCGUUGUGGCAGACACCAUCCUGAAGGAUUCUCAUGGGGAGGCUCUCGCUCCCAUCCCCUUUGGUGGGAUUUACCUGCCUCUAGAGAUUGAGUCCAAGUCCUGCUACAGGUCACCUCUGCUACUCACCUAUGAUGCUGCUCACUUCUCUGCUCUAGUGCCUAUGGAAAAACAAAGCUCGCCACCCACUGAAGAUAAAUCAGCUCUUCCAGCUGCCGUGCCCUUGGUUGGACCAGACCUUGUCCUGUUACCGCUACACUUUGCGGUAGACCCAGGUGCAGGGUAUGACUGGGGCCGGACCAACUGCAUCGGUGUCAGCGUGUGUAACAGUCUAGAGGAUCGCAUCAACCUGCUCCAGCAGUUUCUUGAAAUGGACAAACUACCAAUUCUUUGUGAGAGUGAUUAUGAUAGUGAUGCUCGCUCGACGGGGUCGUACGAGUCUGAUGAAAAUCUGGGUUGUAUUGGAAAGGAUAAGAAACGUGAUAGCAAAAUGUCUCAACAGAUUCAAAACAUGACGAAACAGUUUGGAAGCUUAGGAAAAAGUGUGGGUAAAAAGUUACGUAAGAACUUUGGAAGUGUGGGAAAAGCUCUCAAAUCAAUGGGGCCAGAUUCAGAAAAAGGGAAGCGUGUAGGUGGUGUUACACAAAGUACGAAAGUGCAACUCACCAUAGCAGCCAUGUCAGAACAAGAACAGACAUUUGUUUGGUGUGCAAAACUUUCAGUGUCUCAGAGCCAGACUCGUAGACGCAUGAUCAACAAUUACCUUCAAGACUCAGAAGCACGUUUCAAGCAAGAUCGAGAGCUGAUGAGGCCUAGCAGGGAAGAGAUUCGUCGUCGAUCCCUUGGCACUUAUGCUGAUAGCGACCAUCUGACGAAGUGUGUCACAUCUGCAUGCAACAUGUACGGCAACCCGGAAACCUGCUACCUAUGUUCUAAGUGUUUCUCUGAGCAAAGACUUCAAGCUUUAGAGAAGGAAAAAUUGAGCAAUAAAACUUCCAACCCUCAAAAUCCGUCUAAAGGUCCAGAACAAAUUAUAAAAAAGUGUGGCCAGUCCAUGUUUUAUAUCUCACCGGAUGAGGUUGCUGAUGCUGACGAUGCAUUUGUCUCAGAUCCGAAAUUGCUGGUGUCAAAGUCAGGUCCACCCUCUUCACAGGUCAACAACAAGCACCAUGCAAAUGUAAUGUCUGGUCGAGAUAGAACACCAUCACCGGAUUACGAUAAUGUGGAGUACAAGACUUAUAACAAAGCAGCACCAAACCCCUUGGGCCCAAGUCGGAUACCUGCGUCCAACUCCUCUGUUCCUGGGCACUCUACAGUGCCAAACUCCUCAGGGCCUGUCCAUCCAACGAUCUUGCAACCAAAAGUGGCCAACACAGCUAACAAAGGGGUGGGAGCCCCCUGUAGAACGGCAGGUUGUACUUUUUUUGGAACUGAGGCUACCGAAUUCUAUUGUUCUGCCUGCUUUAAAAAAUCAGCUGUUGCCCAGAAACCACAAGGCUACAUAGUGACAUAGCAGAGUCCCUGUCCUAUAUGUAUAUACGGGUAGAAACAGGCAUGCAUUUUGGGCUUAGGACAUGAGCUUCCUCAUAUUUCUGUACUUAAUUUCCAUUUGAUUUUUAACUUGGAACACUUUAAAAGUUAAAAUGUGUACUCAUCUUGUAUGCAAUACAUGCAUGAUAUUUUUUUCUUUUUUUUUAAUUUGAUUUUAUUUCAAUUAAUUUUUUGGAUUAAUAUAUUUAUUUAACUUCCUGUUGCUAUAGUCCAUAUCCAGGGGAUUGCCAGUAUUUGUGACCUUCCCACUGUCAAAUAUGAAUCCUGUACAUUGUUUCAUCACUAACUUAUGUCUUAUGUGUGAAAUUUUCUUUAGUCUCUGUUAUCAGCAAAAUAGAGCUCUGUAAAAUCUGUAUGUCACAUAUAGAUCGUAAAUACAAAUAAUAGGAUUUCAAAUACUCUAAAAAACUUUGAAAUGCAAGCAAAAUUGGUUUUGUAUUAAACUUGUAAUAUAUACAUGUAAUAUUACAAAAAAUGUUCUGUUUUAAUACAAUACAUAUACAUUCAGUUUGAAAGCAGAUUUUUACAGUGAUGCCCAUUUUGAAGGAUCUUGAACUGUCUAAUUAGCCUGAUACAGAACUAAUCAGGCAAGUUUUACAGUUCAUGAGUCUUGUUUUAUGUAUAAAUUUAUGGUGCUUAAAAUGUCAACCAUGAUUUACCUUAUGCAACAGGUAAAUUGUUUUAGGUCCUUCACUGAUAUCAGAUCUAUUAAAAGUCAAUUAACACCAAAGGUAGUUAUUAAACAUUGUUCAGGGUGCUGUUUUAUUUCAGUGCUUUUUUCACUGUGAUGUCAUUAAAGCUUUAAAUAAUGUUAGGAUUUACAUGUCAAAUAUUUCACGAUCUCUGUUUAUUUAAAUUUUAUUCAAUAUUGUGGUCAGAAGAAGUUUGCCUUCAUGAAGUAUUUUACGAAGCAAAAAUAUGAUAAAAUUUAUUACCAGUUAUCAGUGAAUUUUGGGAGACUUUCAUAAUUAUUUGGUUCUAUUUUUUGGUUUCAUUUUUUUAUAUUUGUGCUGGAAGAAAGUGGACUCUACACAAGAGAGCUUAAAGUUGUUAUAACUUUGUAGAUCCAGUAGAUAAAUAAUGACUGCUAGAGAUCCGCUUGUCCUCUUAUAUGUUUACAUUAUGAUGCCAUUAUCAGAAAUCCAUAUGGUAAUAUAAUCCCCUUAAUUUAUAUACAGUAAAACCUUUGUUAUAAUGCCCACAGUUUCAUUGGCCAUCUCACUUACUUCAGUGUCCCAUUUUCUAUCUUUUAUCAAAAUUUCAUUUAUACAUUUCCUACAAAAUAUCGCCAAACUCCUUUAUAAAAUGUCAAAAUUUGGCUUGACGAUUGGUUGCAGUAUAAAGAUCUUCUAUUCUACUUCCUACUCGUAAAACUUUAGUGCAGGUAAUAUCUUCAUUUUUAUAUUUUUGAUGUAUAUUUGAUGAAUUUCAAUUUAUACAUUUGUUUUUCAUUUUCCAUAAUUAUAUAUUUGACUAUUCCAUUUCGUUAUUGUUCUUCAUGGUCUAAAAGUCAAUAUGAUGCUCUGUGAUUGUUUAUAUAUUGAAUGCUUUUUGAUACGUUAAUUAGCAUUGUCUCAACUCAUGAUAGUCAUUGUUUCCGUCACGGUUCAAGUUGGGCAUUUUUACAUUGUUUGCAUCAUCUUGAUGAAAUAUUAGUCAUCACACUGUUUCAUUGUGAUCUUUAUUUAUUUAUUAAUUUUUUGGUAUUUUGAAACAAUGUUAUGAUGUUUAAAUAUUUUGGUUUUAAAUGAAAAAAUAGCACGAAGGAUAAUAUGUAUGUGUUCAUGAACUAAGCAUAGUUGCAGGUGAUCUCCAGAAUUUUCAAAACUUCUUUACCAAUGACAUUAACAAAUGCUUUUGUUAUCUUGAGCAAAACAGAAAAUAAUUUGUAAUAUUGUAAUGAACUUAUUGUUAUCGAUUAUUUCAACUGGUAGUUCAGAUGAAAGAAUUCAUUGUUUAUAUGCAAAGUGCACUGAACUGAAGCUAUUUUUUUUUUUAUUUUUUUUUUAUUUUAAAAUCUAUUUUGGUGUAUGACUUGGAUCUAAGGUACUUUGUUCAUGUUUUGUUUAAUUCUUGCGAUGGGACACUCAGAUUUUGUGUUUCACUGUAGCCAUGAUGCAAAAUGUUUGUGCUAAAGAAAAUGAAAUGAAAAAACUAAAACAUUGACAAGCAUGAUGCAUGUACUUUACCAUACCAUUUUUAGUGCAAAGUUCAAAGGUGGUCUGGGCCAGAAUGCAAAUGAAAACAAGUUCUAUAAGUAUUGCUUAAUUGAGGAUUGUAACAUUUUAGAAUUAAUUGAGAGUAAUGCAAACUUGUAUGCAAGUUUUUUCUUAUUUAUCUUGUUUUGUUAUUGCUGUAAGGUUAUUGCUGUAAGGUUAUUGCUGUAAGGACAUUUCAGUUUAGUUGUACAUUUAAAUACGUCUGUGUAAAAUAUCGGGGUUGUUGCCCUUUUUUCGUCCAUGGCUUAGGGCAGAUUAAGGGUGUCAUUUACGUUUUUGAAUGAAGUGUUGAACUGCAUGUUAACUGCUAUAGAAGCUCAAGUCCCAUGAAGUUAUGAUAUUCAUAUGGUUCUAAUUUCUCCUGAUUGUGGCACUAUUUUGUACCUAUAGGCACCUCUAUGACUUAUACAGGUAAUAUUACAGUAACAUAUGACUGUGAAUGACGUGAUACCAUUAAUAUCCAUUGAUGAAAUAUGUAAUCUGUACAUAUAGUUUGAGCUUUAAAAGUCUGUUACGAUAAACAUUUGUGCUUCCUUAUCUAGUUCGUAUACGUUGCAUUGAUUCUUUAAAAUUACCUUGUAUCAUGCUCUCUGUUAAAGGCAAUUCAAAACUUAUUUACAAUUUAUAUUACCAAUAAGCAGAAGUUAAAUAAGUUGUAUCUAAUUAUUGGUAGGAACUGAGUGAAACUGAAACUUUAGGAAAACUUUAUAUAAGGUUGUUUUACAUGUUUACCUUAUUAAGGUUCAUACUCUAGUGGUGUUGUAGAAUGGUCAUGUUGUAACAUGGUCAGUAGAAUGGUCAUGUUGUAAUAUGGUCAGUAGAAUGGUCAUGUUGUAAUAUGGUCAGUAGAUUGGUCAUGUUGUAAUAUGGUCAGUAACAUGGUCAUGUUGUAAUAUGGUCAGUAAAAUGGGCAUGUUGUAAUAUGGUCAGUAGAUUGGUCAUGUUGUAAUAUGGUCAGUAAAAUGGGCAUGUUGUAAUAUGGUCAGUAGAAUGGUUAUGUUGUAAUAUGGUCAGUAGAAUGUUCAUGUUGUAAUAUGGUCAGUAGAAUGUUCAUGUUGUAAUAUGGUCAGUAGAUUGGUCAUGUUGUAAUAUGGUCAGGAAAAUGGUCAUGUUGUAAUAUGGUCAGUAAAAUGGGCAUGUUGUAAUAUGGUCAGUAGAAUGUUCAUGUUGUAAUAUGGUCAGUAGAAUGUUCAUGUUGUAAUAUGGUCAGUAGAAUGGUUAUGUUGUAAUAUGGUCAGUAGAAUGUUCAUGUUGUAAUAUGGUCAGUAGAAUGGUUAUGUUGUAAUAUGGUCAGUAGAAUGGUUAUGUUGUAAUAUGGUCAGUAGAAUGGUUAUGUUGUAAUAUGGUCAGUAGAAUGUUCAUGUUGUAAUAUGGUCAGUAGAAUGGUCUUGUUGUAAUAUGGGCAGUAGAAUGGUCAUGUUGUAAUGUGGUCAGUAGAAUGGUCAUGUUGUUAUAUGGUCAGUAGAAUGGUCAUGUUGUAAUAUGGUCAGUAGAAUAGUCAUCCAGAAUAGUCCAGAACAUUUUACUGGACUCUAAUAUCUUUAAAUAUUAUUUUGUUGCCAACUAAAAGAAUGUUAUAAAUUAGACAAGACAGGGUUGAUGUGUCUGUUAACGUUGUUCUUAUCUACCCAGACGUAAAAAUGGCCACCAGUAUGUGCAGGGAAGUAAGUCAUAUCAGUAUAGAUAAUGAGGUUAAAACUUGUUUGAUAGGUUAUAUAGUCAGAGAUUUGAUACUAAUUUGACCUGUUUAACAUUAAUUUCAAACCAUUAAAGAUAUCCCUCAUUGUUUAGUCCCCAAUUAAAGUUGCAUUGUAUCUAACUUUAAUAUGUAUUGGUCUGUGAAAUUUACAUUGGUUAACAAGUGAGAUAUAUUGUUGAAGUGUUAAAUCUGAAAUAAAAUUUCAGUAUUUAUUGGUAUUUGAAUCUCGUUUGUGAUAUACAAGGUUACCGGUAGGUACAUGUAAAUCUGUUAAAGAUUAUUUAAACUUGGAACCAAAUGGCAGUUCAACAAAAUUGUACAGUAAAACUUGUCAAGUAGGAACACACAUCUAUAACAUUUUUGUUCUCAUGCAAAGUCAAUGUCAGGAACAUUAAACACUUAUCAUUAAUGUAUACAUUUUGUCUAGCAAAAUAAAAAAACUUGUUGUUGCCAACCUGUUUUACUGUAGUUCCUGAUAGAUCAUUGUUUGUGGUUUACUGUAGUUAUAAGUUACAGUAGAUACUCAGUGGUUAACUUACAGAAUUAUAAGAAAAACUCACAGGUUUAAUAACACCAGUUAUAAGAGAAAUGUACAAGUUUACAUAGUUAUAAGAGAAACUCACUGGUUUAAUAACACCAGUUAUAAGAGAAAUGUACAGGUUUACUUAGUUAUAAGCUAGAUACUCAGGUUUACUCACAGAGUUAUAAGAGAAACUCACUGGUUUGAUUGCAGUAGUUAUAAGAGAUAUUUACUAGUUUUCUUAGUUAUAAGAGAAACUCACUGGUUUAAUUGCAGUAGUUAUAAGAGAAAUUUUCUAGUUUACUUGGUUAUAAGUAACAUUGUCACUGGUUUCCUGGCUCUGUAUUGUAAGCAUCAGUGGUAAGAGUAAUGUAGUUAUAAGACUGGUUUCCUGGCUCUGUAUUGUAAGCAUCAGUGGUAAGGGUACUGUAGCUAUAAGACUGGUUUCCUGGCUCUGUAUUGUAAACAUCAGUGGUAAGAGUACUGUAGCUAUAAGACUGGUUUCCUGGCUCUGUAUUGUAAGCAUCAGUGGUAAGGGUACUGUAGCUAUAAUACUGGUUUCCUGGCUCUGUAUUGUAAACAUCAGUGGUAAGUGUACUGUAGCUAUAAGACUAGUUUCCUGGCUCUGUAGUGUAAACAUCAGUGGUAAGAGUACUGUAGCUAUAAGACUGGUUUUCUGGCUCUGUAGUGUAAGCAUCAGUGGUAAGGGUACUGUAGCUAUAAGACUAGUUACCUGGCUCUGUAUUGUAAGCAUCAGUGGUAAGAGUACUGUAGCUAUAAGACUAGUUACCUGGCUCUGUAUUGUAAGCAUCAGUGGUAAGAGUAAUGUAGUUAUAAGAGAAAUGUUGUGGUUUACAGAAGUUAUAAGAGAAAUGCUGUGGUUUACAGUAGUUAUAAGAGAUUUGAUUUAUGGUUUACAGUAGUUAUAAGAGAAAUGCUAUGGUUUACAGUAGUUAUAAGAGAAAUGCUAUGGUUUACAGAAGUUAUAAGAGAAAUGCUGUGGUUUACAGUAGUUAUAAGAGAAAUGCUGUGGUUUACAGUAGUUAUAAGAGAUUUGAUUUAUGGUUUACAGUAGUUAUGAGAGAAAUGCUGUGGUUUACAGUAGUUAUAAGAGAUUUGAUUUAUGGUUUACAGUAGUUAUACGAGAUUUAAUUUAUGGUUUACUGUAGUUAUAAGAAAAAUGCUAUGGUUUACUGUAGUUAUAAGAGAAAAGCUGUGGUUUACAGUAGUUAUAAGAGAAAUGCUGUGGUUUACAGUAGUUAUAAGAGAAAAGCUGUGGUUUACAGUAGUUAUUAGAGAAAUGCUGUGGUUUACAGUAGUUAUAAGAGAAAUGCUGUGGUUUACAGUAGUUAUAAGAGAAAUGCUAUGGUUUACAGUAGUUUCCAUUAGGCUUCAAACAUCAAUAGGAAACUAAGGAGGAACAGGAAAGCUCUGUUAUAGGCUGUACAUCGGAAAUAUUAAAAUAUAAAAAUUAUUCCACCCCCCCUAAAAAAUUGUUUGAACAACCUAAAUUACUGAGAAUUGUAUCCACAUUAAUAGCCUGCAAUGUAAUGAUGCCACAAUGCCCUCGAGUAUUGACGCUUUAGGAGUCAUCAUUGAUUAAACAAUAUCAGUGAUUUUCUUAGUCUUAAUAUACGACUGUUACUACAGUUGUAUUAACAUUGUUAUCUGGUGCUCAUAGAGUCCAUGUUAUGUCUGUUCCAUGUAUAACAUUUACACAAUCCCAUUACGUAUGCAAAGAUAAAGACUAAUAAGGUUACUUCUGUAAUCUGAGGGUAGGUUGAUUACCUGUAAUUCCACACAUAUAUUUACACCUGUGAAAUGUUCAUCCAACAUGGACGCUGGUUCUGAAACAAUUGUUUUUGUUAGUUAACCUAUAAUUUAAACAAGGUGAUUUGGUAACAAAUCGCAAAAUACAAAAGAACUAUUGGCGGCUUGCAGUCAUAGCAUGCAAUGAAUCAAAAGAAAACGGUUCUUACAAAACAGAAUUUAACAAAUGGAAAUAAGCACAAAAUGUAAUCCUUAAAAUAAAAUAAAAUAUCCAAAAAUUUUAAGAACAUAAAACUUAACACAUAAUCAAACCGAAGAAUAAAAUUGGCUCCAUAUGAAAUAAAGAAUGAAAAUGUAAAAUGUCAAGACCAUCUGUCUGAAAAUUAUCUGGGAAGUUUGAGGUAGGGGUAAUGAUCUGAAACAAUCGGUCUACUUUUGAAAGGAAAUUCCUCAGUGGGUAUGCUUGAUGGACCUGUAACCGUGUUUGAAGGCCUCUGCUGUCAAAAACAACAUCUCGUGUUUCAUAAAAGAACAGGUCUGGUUUAACUGGUCAAAGCUCUUGGAACAAUCAAAUUUGAUAAA